AUGCUUUGUGGUCAUCGUCAGCACGCAUCUCAAUCGAAUGAUAUCGUCUAUGCAAAAGAUUCUUUACUUAAAUAUGAACCUCGACGUUUAAUUGUUAGUCGUGACGUAUCAGAUGCAGACUAUAAAAAGAUCUGCCGCGCAACUAUUUCUCCUUCUUCACAACCAAUAUCACUCUAUGACACUCAUUUAAAUCUUUUCGAUCCCUAUUCAGAUUUAUGUCGGCCUGCCGAUAUACUUGAUUUUCUCUUUCCACCUAUUGAAUAUAUCGACGCAAAUAAUCAUAAAUAUAUAAAAUGUGUCUCUCGGCAUCCAGCUACAAAAAUUGAUCUUUAUAAUUUAGAACAAAAUCUUGAUUGCCGUUUAAAACAAACUCAAGCUCUUGAAGUUGGAUUAUGUAAACAUCGUCGUAAUAUCUAUGAUGAAUGUUUCGAUGAACUUGUUCGACAAAUAACAAUCGAAUGUAGUGAACGUGGUAUUUUAUUAUCUCGUGUUCGUCAUACAUAUCGCCGAAUGAUGAAAGAUUAUUCAAACAGUUAUUUAAGUGCAAAUGCGUAUGCAAUGCGAACGUUUCUACUUAGUGAAAAAGCUAAAACUAAAUUAAAUAAUCAAAUUGAUCAUCUACAAUAUGAAAUUGAAGAAAUGAAAAAACAAUUAAUUAAUGCUGAAGAUCACUAUGAAAAUAUUUUAAAAUUAGAUUCGACUUUUAAAUCAUCCAAUGAAUAUAGAUAUCCAUCGAUUAAUGUAGCCGUACCUUUUGAAUUGCAACAAUUGAGAACAACAAAUAAAUCGUUAAAACAAGAAUUAGAAAAUGUUCUAUUAAAAAAAUUACAUAUGAAUCCAUCUGAUAGAAUCAACAAGAAUCAGAUGUUGUAA